AAGGGCAGAAAGACUUAAGAGGUAGAGAAUUCUCCUUCGGUUUAAAAGGGGAAUGCUUCCUACGUUCAACUCGUUGCACUUCCCCGCUUUCGAACCCACCCAAAUCCGCCACACCUCUGACCUCCCACUUCACCGUUAUUCUCACUCAACUGUCGUGCUCCCAAAUAGCUUUGAAAUUCAGGAAAUUCAAGCGCUGAAAUCGCCGUCGACGCCAUCCAAAUCCGGAUUUCGCAACUCAAUUGUUGUUAAAUUUCUGAACGAUUCACCAAAUCAAACAAAUUCAAGUCGAAGUUCACAAAACGGAGCUUAGAGAUAUUUGAGAUUGCGACGGAAGCUCGGCCGAUACUUGCCGCCAAACAAACCCCAAUACCAUUCAUAAGGGGUGGAGUUUCGUGGUUAUGGAAGUGGAGUACAAUCGAGAUGACUCUCCGACCAGAGAGCACCGGGAUGAAGGGACAUAUGAUGAUUUAGAGGAGAACAGGAAUGAUAAGUCAAGCAGGCACCGGAGCAAGGAUAGGAAGAAGAGUAGCCGAGGGGAAGAGAAGGAUGAUAGAAGUAUAGACCGAGAACGAUCAAGGAGUGAUGUUGUAAAGGAAAGAGAGAAAGAAUCUAAAGAGUUGGAAAAGGAUCGAGUAUAUAGCAAGGAAAGGAGUAAGGAUGAUAGAGAUGACCGGUAUAAGGAUAAGAGUAGAGAUAAUAAGGUGAAGGAGAAAGAUUAUGAUCAAGAGAGUCAUAGAGAAAAAGAGCAUGAUAGGGGGAAAGAUAGAAAUAGAAAGGAUAGAGCGAAGGAAAAAGAAUGGGAGAAGGAGAGAGAGGUAGAGAAGGAUAGUGAUCGAGGACGAGAGAAAGAGAGGGGGAAUAGGGAUAAGGACAGGGAAAGGGAAAAGGAAAGGGACAAGGCAAAAGAAAAGGAAAGAGAAAAAGAGAGAGAAAAACUUAAAGAUCGAGAGAAAGGAAGGGACAGCUAUAAAGAUACCGAUAGGGAGAGGGUGAAAGACAAGUAUAGGGAAAAAGAGAGGGAGUUGGAUCAAGAUAAGGAUAAAUCAAGAGACAGAGGAAGCAGGAGAAGCCUUGAAAGAGAUGAUAAAGCGAAGCUAAAUGGUGAUGACAACAGGGAUAAAGACAUUCUUAAGCAGGGGAAGGUUUCCCAUAAUGCCGAGGACGAACGGCAUACUGACAGCUUAUCAAGCAGAACACAUCUAUCAGCAUCGGAGCUUGAGGAACGCAUCUUGAAGACCAAGGAAGAGAGAUUAAAGAAGAAAACAGAAGAUGUUCCUGAGGUUUUAGCAUGGGUUAGUAGGAGUCGUAAGAUCGAGGAGAAAAGGAAUGCAGAAAAGCGGAAAGCUAUACAGCUUUCUAAGAUUUUCGAGGAACAGGACAAUAUUGGUCAAGGAGAAAGUGAAGAUGAGGAGACAGCCCAGGAUCCCACUCAUGAUCUAGCUGGUGUUAAAGUUCUUCAUGGCCUUGACAAAGUAAUGGAAGGCGGGGCAGUUGUUUUAACACUCAAAGAUCAGAAUAUUCUGGCCGAUGGUGACAUUAAUGAAGACAUUGAUAUGCUUGAGAAUGUGGAAAUUGGAGAGCAGAAGCAGCGAGACGAGGCUUACAAGGCAGCAAAGAAGAAAACGGUGGUUUAUGUUGAUAAGUUUAAUGACGACCCUGCUGCAGAGAAGAAAAUGCUUCCGCAAUACGAUGAUACAACCCCAGAUGAGGGGUUAACUCUAGAUGAAAGAGGACGCUUUACUGGCGAAGCAGAAAAGAAACUUGAAGAGCUACGUAAGAGGAUACAGGGUACUCGCACGAAGAACCGCGUUGAAGAUCUCAACAUGUCUGGGAAGAUUACAUCUGAUUUCUAUACUCAAGAUGAAAUGCUUCAGUUUAAAAAACCUAAGAAAAAGAAAUCCUUGCGGAAGAGGGAGAAGCUAGACUUAGAUGCCCUUGAAGCAGAAGCAGUAUCUGCAGGGUUGGGUGUUGAAGACCUUGGUUCUAGGAAUGAUGCAAAGAGGCGUGCCAGUAAAGAGGAGCAAGAAAGAUUGGAAGCUGAAAGGAGAAAUAGUGCAUACCAGUUGGCUUAUGCUAGAGCAGAUGAGGCAUCUAAAUCAUUGCGACUGGAACAAACUCUUUCUGUUAAACGAGAGGAAGAUGAAACUCCUGUCUUCGCAGAUGAUGAUAAUGAUGAUCUGUAUAAAUCCUUAGAGAAAGCAAGGAAAUUGGCUCUUAAAAAGAAAGAGGAGGAAAAAGCUGUAUCUGGUCCACAAGCAGUUGCUCUCCUUGCCACCACCACUGCCAGCAGUCAGACUGCAGAUGAGCAAAUCCCCUCAACUGGAGAGGCACAGGAUAACAAGGUUGUCUUCACCGAGAUGGAAGAGUUUGUCUGGGGCCUCCAGCUUGAUGAAGAAUCCCACAAGCCUGAAAGUGAAGAUGUUUUUAUGCAAGAAGAUGAACCUGAAGUAACUCAUGAAGAAAAAAUGGAUGAACCUGGUGGAUGGACUGAAGUUAACGAUAUGGGUGAAGACAAACAACCUGCGAAUGAGGAUAAGGAGGAGAUAGUUCCUGAUGAAACAAUCCAUGAAGUUGCAGUUGGGAAGGGCUUAUCAGGUGUACUGAAGCUACUUAAAGAUCGAGGAACCCUUAAAGAAGGUAUUGACUGGGGUGGUAGAAACAUGGACAAGAAAAAGAGCAAACUGUUUGGUAUUGUCGAUGAUGAUUAUGAGGAGCAGCUAAAGGAGACCCAUACAUCACGUCAAAAAAAGGAAGAACAAAGGGAUACUCGUUCAUCCUCUUCCAGCCAUCAAAAGGAUACUCGUGCACCUAAAGUCUAUCAGGAAAAGGAUAUUCGCAUUGAGAGAAUCGAUGAAUUUGGCCGAACUUUGACUUCCAAGGAAGCCUUUAGGAUACUUUCUCAUAAGUUCCAUGGGAAGGGACCUGGAAAGAUGAAGCAAGAAAAGCGCAUGAAGCAAUACCAGGAAGAACUAAAGUUGAAGCAGAUGAAGAGUUCAGAUACGCCAUCACUGUCUGCAGAGAGGAUGAGGGACACUCAAGCUCGCUUGCAGACACCAUAUCUUGUCCUCAGUGGCCAUGUUAAACCAGGGCAAACUAGCGAUCCCAGAAGUGGUUUUGCAACAGUUGAGAGGGAUCUCCCGGGAAGCUUGACCCCAAUGCUUGGUGACAGAAAGGUUGAACAUUUCUUAGGAAUAAAGCGCAAAGCUGAGCCUGAAAGUUCAGACACACCAAAGAGGCCUAAAACUUGAAGUUGACGUUGGUUGAAUUUUGGAGUUGACCUUCAACAUUUUCAGUUCCUUAGCCCCUGUACGUACUGUAUCCUAACGGGCAAGUGGCUGCCAUGUGUUGGUAUUGUUCCGCUACUACAGACCGUACAUAAACUUAUUUUUGACAGAGCUGUGGAGAGAAUUUAAAGGGUGUUCUGUUUGGUGUCCAAGGAUUUCAUUUGAUCUGAGGCGUGACUGGACCUUGGAGUCAGACGAGAAUAGAAUCGUGGUUUGGAGUUUCUCUAGUAUGCAUCAAUGUAUGCGAUACAUUGUUCAAUUGAAGAGCUAGAUUUAGAUGAAAUUAUCGUAUAUGACGGUCUAAAGGAUCCCACAGUGCAGGGGUGGUGACUGCAUUGUUCUCAAUAGGUUUAUAAAUAGAAUGUGGCCACACCACUCGUUAAAGUGCGAGGGGAAACUGCAACUCCGGUAGCAAUACCGUCAGGUAUCGGAGAUAAAACCAUUUCUACUUGCUUGCAGGCUAGUAGCUCGUUGGUGACUGUACAUGGUGGAGAUGAAAACUUCUAGACAGAAGAAAAAUUAAGACUCGAAUCAUCCACAAUCCUUGAUCAUGAUUUUAUUGAGUGUUUCCAGAGCAUCUUGCAUGCUAAUCCUCACCUGGUAUUUCUGCAGGACAAGCUAGAGCCAGUCUCAUAACGGAUGAUAUGCAAUUCCUCGUGCUAUCAACUCCACUUGGUUGGGAUAAAGUUUUGUUGUUGUACAUAUGAACGGUUGAGAUCUAAGAUUUAGUUAAAUUUUAACCGUUCACACAUGAAAAAAAGUGCGAGGGAGAAUUGUCAAGCCAACUAAACACCACAUCGUACACGCUUUUUUCACCUCUA